AUGCCAAACGUCCAGGUGCGAAGCCUCUUUUGGGGCGAAGCGGAGGCCAAGAAAUUUCUGGAACAGCAUGGUGUGCGGGCCCAUGCCGUCACAUGUCAUGACACCGUGGCAGGACCCUUCGACCUUAUUCUUUGCUGUGAAGUGGUCUACCAACUUCCACAGCAGGUCUGGGAGGCCUUGCAGCAGACCUUGCGUCAGUUGCUGGUGCCGGGCGGCCGUGUCGUAGGGGACGCAGACAACCAUAGGGCUGGGUGUGAUUUUGCCAUUAGCAAAGUCUUUGCCUAUCAGCACCGAGAUGGUGCUGAGGCCGUUGGGGGAAGGUCUGACCUCAUAGUCACAGACGCGGUGUUCUUCCAGACCUUGGAACAGGCGGCGAAUUUGCGCUUCGAUCAGGAGGCCUGCGGUUCGUUGCAGUCACUCGGUGGUUUCCAUAGUUAA